AUGAAGAUGUGGAGCGACGGGGGGGACGUGGAGGAGCAGAUCCAGGAGCUGAAGACCAUCACGCAGCUCCAGGGUGAGCCCCUCACACCCACACCACAGGCUGGCCUCUGGCUCUCGCAGGUCAUCCGCCAGUUGGAGAACAACAUCGAAAAGACAACAAUCAAGAUCACCACGAGCCAGAACAUCCACCUGCUGUACUUGGGCCUGCUGGACUACCUGAAGAAAGAGCUGUCAGGAUACCCCACGCAGCUGGACAAGCUGCAGAACCUGGUGGCUGACUACUGCUCAGAGCUGUCGGACAUGACAGUCAUGUCCCAAGACGCCAUGAUGAUUACGGAUGAGGUCAAGAUGAACUUGAGGCAGAAGGAGGCGACCUUCAUCGAGGAGCGCCGGGCCCGGGAGAACAGGCUGAACCAGCAGAAGAAGAUGAUCGACAAGAUCCACACCAAGGAGACCAGCGAGAAGUACCGCCAGGGCCGGAGGGACUUGGACUUCCCCACCAAUCUGAUGAGUGCGGAGAGCCUGAAAGUGAGGAAAAAAGAGGCCUCCCAGGCCGAGGUCGAAUACCAGACGAAUCUGACCGCUUUGGUGGAGAAAAUCAAGACCGCUGUGCGGUGCUCCCACCUCUGGGACAUCACAGGCCAGUUCCUGGCUCAGAGGAACACGGAGGACAACCUGCAGCUGCAGAUGCUGGAGUGUGAGAAGAGGCGGACUCAGCUGGGGGCCUUGAUGAGGAAGCUGGAGAUGGAGGAGGCGCUGCUGAAGUUCCACCAGACGUCCAGCUCCGGCAGCUUUGAGUCCGUCCAGCAUAAAAUGAAGGACCUGCUGAAGGAGGAGCAAGAGAGGCUGCAGCUGGCCCACACGAACAUGACCAAGAGCCAAAAGCUGCUGCUCACCCUCCAGAUGGGCAUCGACAACCUGUACCUCCGGCUGGUCAGCAUCGCCCUGCCCGAGGCCCAGAAGGUGGCCACCCCCGACAGCCUGGACGGCCUGGACUUGCACAGCAAGCUGGCGUACUGUGAGAAGAAGCUCCUGUACCUGGUUGACAAACUGCAGGCCCUGCCCACCACUGAGGAGAAAAACACGAAGGUGAGGAAUGCCCUGGAAUCCUCGACUCUGAAGGAGAAGCAGAACACCAGGAUCACCUUUGAGGAGCUGGAGGACGAUAUGAUAGAAACCUUCCACUUCGCCGACGUGGACCACAGCUACGUGCCCUCGCGGGCCGAGAUCAAGAAGCAGUCCCAGCGCGUGAUCGAGGAGAAGUUCAAGACGGCCAAGAAGAAGAAGAAGUGACCGCGGGGGCCCCAGGCC